UCUUUGAUAUUCGAUUGUAUUCAUCCUAAACGUGCACACCCUAUCAGAAUUCAGAACAAUCACCGGUGAAAUUGAGUCAACGCCGGGAGACCAUUUCUCAAGCAUCAAACUUUUCACAGCUACGGUUAAGGUAAAUUAGGUUGUUUAGGUCGAUCGGCUGUGCGAUGAUUGCGUAGACACAACGCCGUGGUUUGGUGGGUAUUUGGCUCCGUCAAUUUCUUGGCUUUCUAUUUUCAAUCCAAGGAAGAAGGGGCGGGGGAAGAAAUGGAGCAUGUGUUGGGGAUUCUUCGGAUUCGUGUCAUUCGAGGGGUGAACCUCGCCUAUCGCGACACCAGGGGCAGCGAUCCCUACGUCGUCAUUCGCAUGGGCACGCAGAAAGUGAAGACUGGUGUUAAAAGAAGGAAUGUCAAUCCCGAGUGGAAUGAAGAGCUAAGCCUUUCUAUUAUGGAUCCUACUCAACCGUUAAAACUUGAAGUGUACGACAAGGACAGAUUUACUCGAGACGAUCAAAUGGGCAAUGCCGAGUUCGAUAUCCGUCCACUGUUGGAGGUGUUCGAGAUGAAACUGGAGGGCAUUCCGGACGACACCAUAAUCUCAACCAUCAAACCGAGCAGCCAAAACUGCCUGGUCGAGGAGAGCCAUAUCAGGUGGCAGGGUGAGAAGGUGGUGCAAGAUGUGAUCCUCAGGCUCAGAAACGUGGAGUGUGGUGAAAUUGAACUGCAAUUGACAUGGAUCAAAAACCUAAAUAGUCGAAGCCAUUAAGCUUUCUCUAGCAACUCAUUGUAGAUCUUCUAUGUUCUUCUUCCUGUUUGAAUUUAAAAAAGAGAGUUUAAACUCUGUUCCAAAUUAUCUUGUAUAAUUAAGAUUGUCACUGUUCCAAAAUUUUAGUUAAAUUUGAACAGAGUCAGAAGAUUUAGGGGAUA